GCGGCAGCAUCAAAUGAAAGAAAAGUCCGCGAAAUGGCGAAGUUGUAAACAAUUUCCGAGACUCAUUUAUUGCGGUCGCACUGGGUUAUAUUCCAGCGUGUAGUUUUACAAGUUAUGUUCCUUAGUUGAAUUUUAUGUCUCAGCUGACUUUUUGGGAAGUUAAAAAGUUUCUGUAAGCUUGAGGAGUGGGGUGCCGGUGUGAUCGCUCGUUCCGCCUCGUUGGGUCCGCGUGAAUGGUGACGCGAGUCCGUCGAUCACACCAACAUGAACAGCAGAUAUCCGCUCCGAAAUAUUCCUGUCCGCGGACAGGAUUACGUCAACCCAGCCCUUGCACACGUGAUGGACUUGUUGAACACCUGGCUACCUCCAACGCCUGUGACGUCGCCAGACGAGAUGGUCAUACAACAGCGUAGUCGUCGCCGCAGUCCGACCAAACAGCCGUCCAAGUCCCCUGCUACUGUGUUCUGUACGGACUUCCAGUCAUUCGACUCACCGCCCAGGGACCGCCUCAUGACCACGCCCGAGGCAGGAGACACGCCCCUCAGACACGCCGGGGUCGCGGGUAUCAGGAAGAGGCUGUUGAUGAGUCCCCCCUCCGACACCACUGCGCUCACAAAGACUCUAGCCCCGCCCUACAAGAAGACGAGGAAACGGGAGAGUGCGCAGCGCGAGAUGUCGGACAGCCUCAGACAAGAGUUGUCUGCCUUGAGUAACCAACAGCUGAUCCAAGUCAUCUCGGACAUCGCAAACAGAUAUUCCCUGCAGAAGGAAGUGAGGUCCACAUUACCCACCCCUGAUGUGUCUCCACUGGUGCGGAAUCUGGAGUUCUUCUGCCGGAAUAUUCUGCGGUCACUGCCGACAUCGAGGCUAAUGAAGGAUGCCGGAUGCUACCACAGAGCGCGCACCCACAUCGACAACUUCAAGCAAGCCUGCAUCAGUCAGGGGAGACAACUCCAGCAGUGCAGGGCGUGGCAGGCCCUGUGGGACUAUGUCAGGGCCGCCUGGGACGUGGUAGACAAGCUUCCUGUCUGGUGCCAUGGUAACCAGAACAAGGCCAGAUUUGCAUGUCAAAGGUCACUGGCAACAAUGGUGAAGAUGGUGGCCAAAAGUGGCGGACUUCCCCAGUCCGAUCUCACCCAACUCCUCAAGUGGUGUAAGGAGAGACAGGGAGACUGUUCCGCCCUCGCUGUGUGUGCUCAGAUGUUGGAACAGACGUGACUCUCGUGAAGACGACCCAGUCCACGAGAACUUCUCACAGACCUGGGCUCCACAAGGCUCCACAAGGCUCCACAAGGCUCCACAUUAACAUGUGGGGGACAUCUUGACCACAUAGCAUAGACUUCACUGUUCUAUCAUGUGUCAGUGUCCCUAACAGUUCAAGGAAAAUUAACAGAUUAAGAAACAUUUAAUUAGUUAUGUUGUUACCAUGGUUACUGCCAGUUCAGAUGGAGUUGCUUUUCCCACACGUUCUGGGGUUGUUUUAUAAUUUGACUGGUUGCCAUGGCUACUGAUGUUGUUGUUAAUGGAUAGUGGUCAUGAAUUGAAUUUAUACCUGAUGUUAAGAACUUUUCACGUCAUGUUUUAAUGUAGCAGUUACCUCCCCUGAAUCCUGUCAGUGCUGGUGAUCAGGGAUGUGUCAGAUAGGAGUUACCUCUCCUGGAUCCUGUCAGCCCUGGAAGGGAGGGGUGUGUCAGAUAGGAGUUACCUCCCCUGAAUCCCGUCAGUGUUGGUUGUCAGAUAGGAGUUACCUCCCCUGGAUCCUGUCAGCCCUGGAAGGGAGGGGUGUGUCAGAUAGGAGUUACCUCCCCUGAAUCCUGUCAGUCCUGGAAGGGAGGGGUGUGUCAGAUAGGAGUUACCUCCCCUGGAUCCUGUCAGCCCUGGAAGGGAGGGGUGUGUCAGAUAGGAGUUACCUCCCCUGAAUCCUGUCAGUGCUGGUGAUCAGGGGUGUGUCAGAUAGGAGUUACCUCCCCUGAAUCCUGUCAGUCCUGGAAGGGAGGGGUGUGUCAGAUAGGAGUUACCUCCCCUGGAUCCUGUCAGCCCUGGAAGGGAGGGGUGUGUCAGAUAGGAGUUACCUCCCCUGAAUCCUGUCAGCCCUGGAAGGGAGGGGUGUGUCAGAUAGGAGUUACCUCCCCUGAAUCCCGUCAGUGCUGGUGGUCAGGGGUGUGUCAGAUAGGAGUUACCUCCCCUGGAUCCUAUCAGUCCUGGAAGGGAGGGGUGUGUCAGAUAGGAGUUACCUCCCCUGAAUCCUGUCAGCCCUGGAAGGGAGGGGUGUGUCAGAUAGGAGUUACCUCCCCUGAAUCCUGUCAGCCCUGGAAGGGAGGGGUGUGUCAGAUAGGAGUUACCUCCCCUGAAUCAUGUCAGCCCUGGAAGGGAGGGGUGUGUCAGAUAGGAGUUACCUCCCCUGAAUCCUGUCAGCCCUGGAAGGGAGGAGUGUGCCUACAGUGACAUCUUUACAUUGUUACCUUUGCAAAUACGAUUGUGACGAUUGUGAAUAAAUAUUUUUAUGAG